AUGACCAAGUGGCAGACAACAGCACCAGUCGUGGCAGAGACCCCUGACAUCAAGCUCUUUGGAAAGUGGAGCACCAGUGAUGUGCAAAUCAACGACAUUUCCCCACAAGAUUGCAUUGCAGUGAAGGAGAAGUAUACCAAGCACCUGCCUCACAGUGCAGGGUGGUAUGCCACCAAACACUUCCACAAAGCUCAGUGCCCCGUUGAGGAGUGCCUCUCUAAUUCCAUGAUGAUUCACGGCCGCAAUAACUGCAAGAAGCUCAUGACUGUGCACAUCGUCAAACAUGCGUUCAAGAUCAUCCACCUGCUCACAGGCGAGAGCCCUCUGCAAGUCCUGGUGAACACCUUCAUCAGCAGUGGUCCACGCAUUGGGUGAAUGAGGACUGUGAGAUGACAGGUUGUGGACAUGUCCCCACUGUACCGUGUGAAUCAUGCCAUCUGGCUGCUUUGCACAUGUGCUCUUGAGGCUUCCUUCUGGAACAUCAAGACCAUUGCUGAGUGCCUGGCAGAUGAGGUCAUCAAUGUCACCAAGAGCUCCUCCAACUCCUAUGCCAUCAAGAAGGACGAGCUGGAGCAUGUGGCCAAGUCCAACCGCUGA